AAUUAACAAAUAAUAGAAAUAAAGUAAUUUAGUGAGUGAGGGAGUGUUUCUGGAAUCCACCGUUUGAAGUAAGCUUUCCCUGUCUGUGUGUCCGGUGCUCAACCAACAAAGCAAAGCAGCUCCUCCAAAAUUGACCCACCACCACCCGGUACACUUACUAAUCAUUUUGAUCUGAUUGAUUUUUCAUUCGUAGUCUGUGACCUACAAUGUCGAUGGGUGACGAGCCUUUGUACCCGAUAGCGGUAUUGAUAGACGAGCUCAAAAACGAUGAUAUACAGCUGCGUUUAAAUUCUAUUAGAAGGUUGUCUACGAUUGCUCGUGCUCUAGGAGAGGAGCGGACAAGAAAGGAGUUGAUUCCUUUCUUGAGUGAAAACAAUGAUGACGAUGACGAGGUUCUUCUUGCCAUGGCGGAGGAGUUAGGUGUUUUUAUUCCGUAUGUUGGUGGAGUAGAGCAUGCUCAUGUGUUGUUGCCUCCGCUUGAAACGUUAUGUACUGUUGAAGAGACGUGUGUGAGGGACAAAGCUGUGGAGUCGUUAUGCAGGAUCGGUUCACAGAUGAGAGAGUCUGAUCUCGUUGAUUCGUUUGUACCCAUGGUUAAGAGGUUGGCAGCUGGUGAAUGGUUCACUGCUCGAGUUUCUGCAUGUGGUCUGUUUCACAUUGCUUAUCCUAGUGCCUCGGAGGCGUUGAAGACGGAACUGAGGUCGGUAUUUAGUCAGCUAUGUCAAGAUGACAUGCCGAUGGUUAGGAGAGCAGCUGCGACAAACUUGGGGAAGUUUGCUGCUACUGUAGAGUAUGCUUAUCUCAAGACUGAUAUCAUGCAAAUCUUUGAAGAUCUUACCCAGGAUGAUCAAGAUUCUGUUCGUUUGCUAGCUGUCGAGGGUUGUGCUUCCCUCGGGAAGUUGCUAGAACCCCAGGAUUGCGUUGCACAUAUUCUUCCUGUCAUUGUUAAUUUUUCUCAGGAUAAGUCUUGGCGUGUUCGUUAUAUGGUUGCUAAUCAGUUGUAUGAGCUAUGUGAAGCUGUGGGCCCCGAGCCUACCAAGACGGAUUUGGUUCCAGCUUAUGUGAGGUUGCUUCGGGAUAACGAAGCGGAAGUACGUAUUGCAGCUGCAGGAAAGGUCACCAAGUUUAGUCGAAUUCUUAGCCCAGAACUUGCAAUGCAACAUAUUCUUCCAUGUGUAAAGGAGUUGUCAUCGGAUUCUUCUCAGCAUGUUAGGUCCGCUCUAGCAUCUGUUGUAAUGGGCAUGGCCCCUGUUCUAGGAAAGGAUGCAACAAUCGAACAACUUCUACCUAUAUUUCUUUCACUCUUAAAGGAUGAAUUUCCAGAUGUACGCCUCAAUAUUAUUAGUAAGCUAGAUCAAGUGAAUCAGGUUAUUGGAAUUGAUCUUUUGUCUCAGUCGUUACUUCCGGCCAUUGUUGAACUUGCAGAAGAUAGGCAUUGGAGGGUUCGCUUGGCAAUCAUAGAAUACAUACCACUGUUGGCUAGUCAGUUAGGUGUAGGAUUUUUUGAUGAUAAACUUGGUGCGCUCUGUAUGCAAUGGUUACAAGACAAGGUUUACUCCAUCAGAGAUGCUGCUGCUAAUAACUUAAAGCGCCUUGCAGAGGAAUUUGGUCCUGAUUGGGCAAUGCAGCACAUUAUUCCACAGGUUCUGGAUAUGAUUAACAAUCCCCAUUACUUGUACCGUAUGACAGUUCUUCGUGCUAUUUCUUUAUUGGCCCCUGUUAUGGGCUCAGAAAUCACUUGUUCUAAGUUGCUUCCUGUAGUCAUUAACAUAUCCAAGGACAGAGUACCAAAUAUCAAGUUUAAUGUUGCAAAGGUGCUGCAAUCCCUAAUUCCUAUAGUUGAACAGUCGGUGGUAGAGAAAAGCAUUCGGCCAUGCCUGGUUGAGCUGGCAGAGGACCCAGAUGUUGAUGUCCGUUUUUUUGCCAACCAAGCUCUCCAGUCAAUUGAUCAAGUCAUGAUGUCUAGCUAAACAAGUUGAUGUUGCAAAUUUCUGAAUUUUUUCUUGGACCGAAGAGGCUUCUCUCCAACCCAGAGGUGCUCUAGUUUCAUAGUAGGUUGGUAGCUGCAUCUUCUGUGUUUAUCGCUUGUUUGUAGUGUAUUCUUUAUUAACUUGCCACUUGAAUGUCUGUUGUAAUAUCAAAAUCAGCUUUCUAAUAUUACUUCAAACCGUGGAUAUAUCAUUAAGCCAUUAUAUCCUCCUUAGUGUGCUUA